CCAUGCGUUCCAAACAGGUGUGUUCCUGGGCGGGAGUCGCGUGGCUGUUUUCCCGCCCCUUACUUUCGGGGAUGAAAUGCCAACCGUUAAGACCGCUCGGUAUCCAUUAGUAACCAGGGAAGCGUUAAUCACACAUUUGGCCGACAUUUUAAUUUAGCAGCCGCUUUAGAGGUGUUUGUUUACCUUUCGCAGCUGAGUGCGUAUUGCGAGUCAUAGGCCAUCUCUAUAGGUCUACUUUAUUGAAGUGUCGAUACUCUGUAAAACUUCAAAGUGUGUCACGUUUUAAAGGGCGUAACUUUGGAAAAGAGCCUUUACAUUUUGGUUGAGGACAUGAUUCGCUCUUCAGUGGGUCAUUAUCUAUCUCUCUCGCCAUCAUCAAACUGACUCGUGUCAAGACACACCGCAACAAACCACGAUGCUGAUUUUACUCCAGCUGAUAAAUGUAUUGUUGUUGACCAGCAUUGGCUCCACUGAUGCAGAGAAACUCUUCCACAGUCGGGAUCAUUCCGACCUACAGAUCCCCUCCUCUCACCAGGCUGAGCUCAUAACAGACAAGGAUACUGCAGAGCUAUUUCUCUCAAGGUACGGCUUCAUAAGACCGGUGAACUGGGAGGAGCUCCAGUUUGACCAAUCAACAGGCAUUUCUAACGAUGAAGACUUUCCCGGGGAGGAAGACCUAUCUGGGAUACAGGAGGGAGACUCAUCGUUGUCACGUGCAGAGACUGAUGAUGAUGAUGAUGACGAAGACUCUCCAAAUCCCACUGAAAGCCAAGCCUUCAUCUCAGCUCUCAGAGACUUCCAGAUGGUGUCCGGCCUGUCUGUCACAGGGCUGUUUGACGACGCCACCAAGGCUGCCAUGAACAAGCCAAGGUGUGGGGUCCCGGAUAAGGAGACGGAUGAUGCUACUGAGGAAGUACACGACUCCACCAGCUCAGCGCUUGGUAUCAACACCGCCACCUGGCUAACUAAGAACACAGACACCUCAGAAUACUCUAACAAAACCUUCAGUGGUGUUUUAAAUGGCUCUGCUACUGAUUACCCAGUGGACAAUAACAUAUUGACUAACCUUUCUAAUGGCACUGAUGGAAACUAUACAGAGGUUGACAAUUCAUUCAGUGACAUUUUUAAUAGCACUGUUAGCACCCACAAAGGUGAUAUAUCUGCCAGUAGCACAACAGAAUACUACGACCCAGUCGGUGAUACUCUCAAUGAUUCUGCUAUAAACAACACAGAGAAUAACAGCAAUACACACAGUCACACAGGGAACGACCCUACCACUGCUACUGACAGACCUCAUCAGAGGCCUCCUCCUACCACUGCUACUGACAGACCUCAUCAGAGCCCUCCUCCUACCACUGCUACUGACAGACCUCAUCAGAGGCCUCCUCCUACCACUGCUACUGACAGACCUCAUCAGAGCCCUCCUCCUACCACUGCUACUGACAAACCUCAUCAGAGCCCUCCUCCUACCACUGCUACUGACAGACCUCAUCAGAGCCCUCCUCCUACCACUGCUACUGACAGACCUCAUCAGAGCCCUCCUCCUACCACUGCUACUGACAGACCUCAUCAGCGUCAGAGCCCUCCUCCUAUCACUGCUACUGAUAGACCUCAUCAGAGCCCUCCUCCUACCACUGCUACUGACAGACCUCAACAGAGUCAGAGCCCUCCUCUUACCAUUGCUACUGACAGACCUCAAUGGAGCACUCCUACCACUGCUACUGACAGACCUCAUUGGAGCCGCACUCCUACCACUGCUACUGACAGACCUCAUCAGCGUCAGAGCCCUCCUCUUACCAUUGCUACUGACAGACCUCAAUGGAGCACUCCUACCACUGCUACUGACAGACCUCAUUGGAGCCGCACUCCUACCACUGCUAAUGACAGACCUCAUCAGAACCCUCCUACCACUGCUACUGACAGACCUCAUCAGAACCCUCCUCCUACCACUGCUACUGACAGACCUCAUCAGAAACCUCCUCUUACCACUGCUAAUGACAGACCUCAUCAGAGCCCUCCUCCUACCACUGCUACUGACAGACCUCAUCAGAGCCCUCCUCCUACCACUGCUACUGACAGACCUCAUCAGAGCCCUCCUCCUACCACUGCUACUGACAGACCUCAUCAGAGCCCUCAUCCUACCCCUGCUACUGACAGACCUCAUCAGAGCCCUCCUCCUACCACUGCUACUGACAGACCUCAUCGGAUCCCUCCUCCUACCACUGCUACUGACAGACCUCAUCAGAGCCCUCCUCCUACCACUGCUACUGACAGACCUCAUCAGAGCCCUCCUCCUACCACUGCUACUGACAGACCUCAUCAGAGCCCUCCUCCUACCACUGCUACUGACAGACCUCAUCAGAGCCCUCCUCCUACCACUGCUACUGACAGAACUCAUCGGAGCCCUUUUCCUACCACUGCUACUGACAGACCUCAUCAGCAUCAGAACCGCGUGGCCUCACUGCUGUCCAAGCGGAGGCAGAAGAGACAUGUGGGGAAACGUGCAUGGGGAAACAUGGCAUUCUCCAAAAUGGUGCUGAAGUGGAGGCUGAUAGGAGAGGGUUACAGCAGUCAGCUGACCAUACAGGACCAGAGACAUAUCAUCAGCCUGGCCUUCAGGAUGUGGAGCGAGGUGUCUCCCCUGGAGUUUAUAGAGGACACAUCCUCUCCCCUGGCGGAUGUAGACAUCAAACUGGGUUUUGGAACAGGGAGACACUUGGGAUGCAACCAGAAGUUCGAUGGUACUGGACGAGAGUUUGCUCACGCCUGGUUCCUGGGAGACAUUCACUUCGAUGACGAUGAACAUUUUACUGCACCUAACACUGGCAGUGGCAUCAGCCUGCUCAAAGUGGCAGUGCAUGAGAUAGGCCACGUCCUGGGCCUGCCUCACAUCUACAGGACUGGUUCCAUUAUGCAACCAAGUUACCUGCCCCAGGAAUCAGGCUUCGAGAUCAACUGGAUGGACAGGAAGUCCAUACAGCACCUCUAUGGGGGCUGUAAGGGUCAGUACAACACAGUGUUUGACUGGAUCAGGAAGGAGAGAACCCAGUACGGUGAGGUGGUGAUUCGUUUCAACACCUACUUCAUGAGGGACGGCUGGUACUGGCUCUAUGAGAACAGGACCAACCGAACCCGCUAUGGUGACCCGGUGGCUCUUCAGGUGGGCUGGCACGGCAUACCUCCCGACGGGGUAGACGCAUGUGUUCACGUGUGGAACAGGAACACUGAUGCUGUCUACUUCUUUAAAGGCACCCAGUACUGGAGGUAUGAUGAUGACAAUGACCAGGUGUUUACAGUGGACCCUGAGGGACACCUCUACCCUAGACUCAUCUCUGAGGGGUUCCCAGGGGUGCCCAGUCCUAUAGACACAGCCUUCUAUGACAGGAGGGACUAUCACAUCUACUUCUUCAAGGGCACCUAUGUGUAUGUGUUCGACGUGACAGCCACCCGCGUGUCCCCAGGCUUCCCCAGGAAGAUCACCGCUGUGUUCCCAGCAGUAGUGUCUGGGGAUCACCCGGGCGGUAGCAUAGACGCCGCCUACUUCUCCUACACGCACAACGCUGUCUUCCUGUUCAAGGAUACACUGUUCUGGAGGGUGGUGGGGAGGAGCAGAGACCGCUGGAGGAGACCGGCGCUGCCACGCAACGACCUGCUGCCACGCAACGGCCUGCUGCCACACAACGGCCUGCUGCCACGCAGGAAGGUGGAGGAACAGUGGUUUGACAUUUGUAACGUUCACCCCUCGGCUCUGAAGGUGGCCCGUCGAUGAGAGGGGGGGGCUAUGAGGAUUCUGUGUAACGUUCACCCCUCGGCCCUGAAAGUGGCCCGUCGAUGAGAGGGGGGGGCUAUGAGGAUUCUGUGUAACGUUCACCCCUCGGCCCUGAAAGUGGCCCGUCGAUGAGAGGGGGGGGGCUAUGAGGAUUCUGUGUAACGUUCACCCCUCGGCUCUGAAAGUGGCCCGUCGAUGAGAGGGGGGGGCUAUGAGGAUUCUGUGUAACGUUCACCCCUCGGCCCUGAAAGUGGCCCUUCGAUGAGGGGGGGGGGGGGACUAUGAGGAUUCUGUGGGAUUAGUGGAGCCUGGACCCAGAUCGGAUGGCACUCGUACCAACUCUAAACAUGACACUGAGUGAGCAGCACAGACUGGCCCCGUAGCCAUGACAACAGAGUUCCUAAGGUGACCGCUGGUUUCACAGUAAACUGACUUAUAUCCAUUACAUUAUAAAGAUGUAUUAGUCUACAACACAUUUAAUUCAUUAUGAUAACUAUUGUUAACUAUUAUCAACCUUGUACAUGUCCACAAUAUAUAUUUAGUUGUUUCAAAAAAACAUUUUAAUAGUUUAAUGGCCACGAUUACAGACACCUGUGUCUUUUGACACUAUAUAAACGCAGUGUUUAUACCCUGAUGAAGACGGUUUUGGCUGUCGAAACGUUGGACAUCUGAGCUCCUAGAUUGGUGAGGCUCUCCUUUACUAUUCAUAUUGGAAUAGUUUACACAAUAUGUCGUUGAAGACAAUAAUGCCUUUUUUUUGGCAUGUUCUUAUGUUUCAUUUUUAUAAAAUCAGUUGUAAUUAUAUGGACUGAAUUGAAUUGACAAAAACAAACUCUGAAAACGCAGUUUUUAAUUUAGACUGAGAUCAGAUACAUGUUCCCUAUUAAAGACUUGUAACAACAA